GACGUAGCGGACACGUGGUCACCGCCUCUGACGGCCUCGCCCUCGGGAAAGAACCCAUUCUACUUUUGGACAACUCUAAGUAUUAGCAAGUAUCAGCGAGCUCAGAGGCAGCUUCUCCUCAGCGUUCCAGGCCUGCCCUCUGGGCCUCCCCUUAAACGCAUCAAGACAGCCCCGGGUUGGGUCUUUCUGGCUUAUUUCCGGUUCCUUUGACCAGUUCUCUUCUAACAGGGACUCAAAGGCCCUCUCCGUCCUGGUGGCUCUCCCCCGGCCACUGACUGAGGCAUCAUUAUUCUCCUUAAACCACAAUGCCUAGAGUUCUGAAGACGGAAGCGGGGCGCUUUCUGCUCCCAGUUCUCAAUACCAGGAACGCUUCCCCAAGUCGCAGAAGCGCGCUGCAAGGAGCCGCUCCAGCCGGCAGGGGGCAGAGCGGCGGGAGAUCAAGAGCUAGGCUGCUGUUGCCAUAGGGGACGGCGUUGCCCAACUUCAAGAUGGCGGCGGCGCGGCUUCGCCCGCCCAUUCGGAAGUGGGCGGAAGCAUGCAGCGGGCUGCGACGUGGGGCUGGCGGUUGGGGCGGUUGGUCCGCACCUCGGGCAAGAGCUCUGGGCCAAGUACACCUCAGGGAUGCGUCCGAGGCAGUUUUGGGAAGAGGCGGCCGUGGUCCGGUCCGGCGGGCGGCCUGCGGUGCUGGCAGCGCCCCCUGAGUUCGGGGCCAGGUUCCGGCCCCGGUUCUGCGGCUGAGCUGGGCCGAGUUCAGGCCUCUCACUACCAGCUGGUCUACACCUGCAAGGUCUGUUGGACGAGGUCAACUAAAAAGAUCUCCAAGCUUGCCUAUCAUAAAGGUGUGGUGAUCGUACGGUGUCCCAGCUGCCAGAACCACCAUAUCAUUGCUGACAACCUGGGCUGGUUCUCAGACCUGGAAGGGAAGAAAAACAUUGAAGAAAUCCUGGCAGCGCGAGGAGAGAAGGUGAGGCGAGUGACGGGGGAAGAGAUUCUCGAAAUUGUUUCGGAGGCUGAAGCUGGACCACAAUCUGCUUCUCCCUCAGAGGGGGAAAGCAACUCUGAUCCUACAGAUGCCACAAAAAAGGACCCAGCCUGAUUCAGAUGAAAUGUGGAUUUUUCCCCUGCUUUUUCCAUUUUAUCUUUGUGCUGAAAAACAAAAGAGAUUUUGCUUUUGUUUUUAUAAACAAAAAUGAAUCAUCUUCAAAAUUCUACCGUACAGUGUCCAUUUUGAGAUUUUGUCUAUUUAGACUCACUCUUAUAACUGAGAAAAAUUAGUAUUAUGAAAAUGCCCUUAGGCCUUGGGUAACCCUGUACGCUAGCUGUAUGGACCUAAGGGCACUUAAGCUUCACAGACUCGUGUCUUCACAAGUCAGAAUAAUGUGGGGGUACAUUUGUGUAGUUAUGGAAAUAGAAACUUGCCAGCGGUGGGAUAUGAAUGGAGGUGGACCAACCUGGUCCCUGUAUUUUAGGUACUGGGAAGUUAGUCUAUCUAGUGGUCAAACAUCCCAGAGGCAGUUGAGAUCUCAAUCUGAGUGAUUUUAUCUAAAAAUUCUCAGUCCCUUUUAUUAUUUGCAAUAUCACCCGUUUCUACCAAUUGAGGGACUGGUGUGAGUUAACAAGCAUCCUCUUUCAUUGUUAUCAUUGAAGUGAAUAAAUAAGCCUUUAUUAAAUG